AUGAUUAAUGAUUUUCGUUUUUCUUCCUCUCACCGUACUUCAGGUCUGCCUCCAGAGAAGAAGGAAUGGUACAGAGCCGCCCGUACCGAGAUCGAAUACAAGCAACUAAAUGAUGAAGGUUGGGAAAUCAAUGUUGGAAUUGUGGGAGUACCAAAAGGAAGAACCUUCAAAUUCAAGUUGGGAGAAGCUUAUGAGUCUGCUUCCAUCGACGGCUCGCCAAUGAGGUACAAUUUCUUAUUUUUGCGUCCGUCAUACUACAGUACAGUUUCUUAUUUUUGCAUCCGUCAUACUACAGUACAGUUUCUUAUUUUUGCAUCCGUUAUACUACAGUACAGUUUCUUAUUUUUGCAUCCGUUAUACCACUGUACGGUUUCUUAUUUUUGCUUCCGUCAUACUACAGUACAGUUUCUUAUUUUCGCGUCCGUUAUACUACAGUACAGUUUCUUAUUUUUGCAUCUGUUAUACUACAGUACAAUUUCUUAUUUUUGCGUCCGUCAUACUACAGUAGAGUUUCUUAUUUUUGCAUCCGUCAUACUACAGUACAGUUUCUUAUUUUUGCAUCCGUUAUACUACAGUACAGUUUCUUAUUUUUGCAUCCGUUAUACCACUGUACGGUUUCUUAUUUUUGCUUCCGUCAUACUACAGUACAGUUUCUUAUUUUCGCGUCCGUUAUACUACAGUACAGUUUCUCAUUUUUGCAUCCAUGAUACUACAGUACAGUUUCUUAUUUUUGCAUCCGUUAUACUACAGUACAGUUUAUUAUUUUUGCAUCCGUUAUAA